AUGCAUGCAACAUUUUCAGAUUUGAGGAGCUCCAAGGAGGAUGCAAGGAAGCUAAACCACGUUGCAAAACGGCGUUGUAACAAAGAUAAGCGAGAGCAGCUGCCAGCGGAUGAGCCCAGUAUGUACGGUGAGUCAGUAGAAAAGCUGGAACAACGGAAAACACGAAUGCGAAACGACAACAGAGAUUAUCGCCUGGCUGAUCAGGGCUCAACAAAUUCUCUUAAAAUGGCGCAGGUGCCGAGCUGGGAUUUUAUCAAUUCGAGUUUUGUAGAAAACAGCGGUAGAGCAAAAUCAAGUAAAAAACGAAGCAGCCUUGAAAAGUUCAUUGGGCCAAUUUACGAAAAUCUGAGAAUUCGGGAAAGACCGAGAACACGCGGUAACGAAGUUAGUGGGUUAUCGUUUGUGCAGCUACAGUUUGAUCAACCUGAACAUACCGCGGCAAAGAAGCAGACAACGGAGAGCGAUUUCCUAAAUACGCCUAAGUAUAAGAAUAAAAAAGCUCCGAAGACUAUUUCGUCAGCUAAUGAAUUGCCACCACUUUACGAAAAUCUGAAAAUUGCCGAAAAUGCCUUCAAAGUUGCUGACAGCGACCAGAGCGAUUCAAGAGCCAUCGCAGCGUCCGACUCUCAGAGGAGCUCGAAGAAAACAAGGAAAGCGGGCAUACAUUUACUCAGUGCCGUUAUGAUUCGAGCAAAUCUUCUUGGUGUCAUUUUUGUGGCAAGAGAUACUGUUUUGUUGGAAUGA